GCCUCGGGCUCCUCGUCGACCUCUGCCGUUUGCCCUGGCGCGCCCGUGCUCGGACGGAUCUGUCGUCUCUUGGCGGCGGCGGCGCGGGGAGAUGGUGCGGCGCCUCCAUGCGGCCGUGGGAGACGGGCGGAUGCGCGCGCGCGCGCUUGCGCGCCGGCGUGCGCUGCUCUCCUCGCGCCUGUGACCGUCGGCUGCAGGCAGUGCGGCGCCAACUUUGGCGCGAUGUUGCUGUGCCAUCCGCUCGGUCGGCCGCACCCUGACGCGCGCCGCGCUGCUCGCCUGCUGCGAGAGCGUCCCGCAGCGUGCGGGCCUGCUCGUCGGGACGACCUGGCGGGCGUCCAUGCGGCCCACCUGCAGCUGAAGAACGCGUUUGACGAUGUCGAGGAGAAGCUCGGGCCGGCGGCCGGGUCGGCUGACCCGCCAGGCUCCCCGCAGCUCGAGGAGCGACCAGAGACCAGUGUCAGCGAGGGUGCCACCUACGCGGGCCAGUGGAAGGGCAGCCUGCGACAUGGCCAGGGCGUCCUGAAGGGCGCCGACGGCCAGCGUUACCAUGGCUCCUUCCGCAACGGGCAGGUCCACGGCCAUGGUGUGUUCAAGGCCGCGAGCGGCAACACGUACGAGGGGCAGUGGGAGCUGAGCAAGAGGCACGGCCGCGGGAAGUAUGUCCACAUGGACGGCAUCACCUACGAGGGCGAGUGGAAGCUGGACAUGAAGUCGGGCUACGGGGUGGAGCAGUAUUCCGACAGCGCCAGGUACGAGGGGCAGUUCGCCUUCGGCUGCAAGCACGGCGCCGGGACCUACACCUCGGGCCUAGGCGUGACGUACCAGGGGCAGUUCAAGGAGGACAAGAUGGACGGACAGGGCACCUACGAGUUCGCGGACGGAAGGAAGUACGUGGGACAGUGGAGCGACGGCCACAUGAAGGGGUCUGGCAGGAUGACGUGGCCCAGCGGCUCGAUGUACAAGGGGCAGUACGAGCAGGACCUGAAGCACGGGGACGGAGUCUUCAGCUGGCCAGACGGUCGCUCGUACAGCGGCACCUGGAAAGAGGGCAACGUGGUCGGCGCAGGCGUGAUCGUCGACGCGAACGGCGUCCAUGUCCCCGUCAACAACAGCGAGUCCGGAGAGAUCCAGUUGAACAGCUGAGAACGUGCGUGCACCGUCGUGUCGCGCCGCCCAGGCGAACUGCCGCUCGCCCACUUUUGCUCGCGUCCCGCUUGCGUGGCGUCGGCAGAAUGAAUUUGCAGGAGGAGGGUGGGUCUGAGGACUAAUGGAAACCCAAAAUGCAUCAACGAGUUUGCAACACACCCUCCCUGCAAGUUUUUUUUUUAGGCCCCGUGCAGGAAUUUGUUUUUACUGCGGGCAUUGGCUAAUUAGAAGAUGACCGUAUGCGAAGCCCCAAUCGUGCCACACACCAGUGCUGGGACUUCAGCGCCGCGCAUCAAGACGACUGCUACGUCCUGAGAAGCCUAAAUCGUGCCAGAAG